GACGGCAGGACGGGGGAGGGCAACUAUGGCACGGAUACACUUCAAAGUGACGGCUCUGGCAGUAUAUCUUCUGGCGCUCGCUGUCUACAGCACCUUAAUGCUUAUAUCCACCCUCGAGUCUGACCUGCGACACCAAGACCAGGAUCAUCAGCACGACCUAAAGAGCUACGAGGGGCAGGUGAACGAAGCGGCCCUCACAAGGGACCACAAUCCCCGCUUCAGAAGGGCAGUUGACCACCAUUGGCUGAGGACCGUCCAGGACUUCUACACCAGGUUGAAGACCACCGAGACCAGCUGCACCAAGUUGAUCCAGCUGGGCGGCUCCUUCUGCAGAGGGAACAUAGACAACGACAAGUUCUUAUGUCUGGAUGACGACGUGACGCUCACGCCCGGCAACUGCACCGUCUACUCCUUUGGCAUCGGCGACGACUCCACCUUCGAUGACCAGGCCAACUUCUAUGGGUGUGAUGUAUUCAUGUUCGACCCCACCAUCGACCAGGAACCUGUCCUCAGCACCAACUACAAGAGGCAGCACUUCUACUCCCUGGGAUUAGACAUAAAAAAAAAUCAGAACCACACGACGAAAGUGAAAUACGUGGACAACAACGAGACGAAGACUAUCCAUGGUGAGUUAGACACUUAUGAUGGCAUACGCGCCCGCCUCCACCACCAGCACCGUACUGUCCACUACCUCAAGCUGGACAUCGAAGCCAAUGAGUGGCGGGUGUUGCCGUACAUGAUGGAGCGAGGACUGCUGGACGGCGUGAGGCAGCUGGCUAUCGAGGUUCACACAAUGAACAUCAUCAAAGCCCCACAACACAUGGUACUGGACAUGCUGAGAGGGUACUGGACGGUGCUGAUGGGCCUCACGAGGAUGGGGUUCCUGCGGGCUGUCUACCGCCCCACAGUGGUCCUGGAGUCACUUUACACCGUCCCGGGCGACAACACCACCAUUCCUACCUGCUUUGAGGUCCUCUUCCUGCGCCGGGGACCUGUCUACUGAGGAGGAUUUCCCUACCUGUCUUGAGGACCUCUGCCUGAGCUAAGGCCCUUAUUAACAUAAACAAAUGUCAUAUAAUCCAGUCACAUUACACUAUUAUUACAACACUCCCGCCAGAUACAGUGUAGCUCUCACGUUAUACCUACAACGCACAGGUAAUACGAGUGACAUCACAGCUGGACUCUGGCAUUAGCGUCACGUUCCCGUCUCUCAAGUGCCCUCGCUCCUGUGUUUAGUCAACUCAGUGCGUGUGUUUACUGGUCGACUGAUAACUUUUUUUCCUCGCACAGUAAAAUAUUCAGAAAAGACUCAUCAUAUUUGGUUCCGGGAGUGACCAGACCAGACCAGACCAGACCAGAUCCGCACUAACCCAUUUAUAAACAUUCUUGGCCACCUUAGUUUUUUCUGUCUUAGUUUCCUUGAUCUUCCUCUGAUGACCUUUACGUCGUGAUAAGUCAGUGUGUAUUGUCUCUUGACCCAAUCUCAAGACUAUUAAAUCACACACACACACACACACACACACACACGACUUCUUAUGAACUUAGCUGUGUGAGUUUCAAGAGAACUUUGUAAAUACCGAGUAGAAGUGAACAUAGGGGAUGUAAAGCAGAGAGAGCCAGUCUGAUGGAUGUGUUUCAGUGAAGGAGGGAACCAAUUAUUGCGGUGAAAAUAACGAUAUCAACGAGACCUAAAAACUUGUCUUUCUUUUAUGGGAAGAACUUUAGUUCUUUGUGUGUGUGUGUUGUUGUUGACUAGCACUCUCGUUCAUAGUUUUCUUCAACGCGAACAGUAGAAGUAUGAGAAACAAAAUGGAUGAUAUUAGGGCCUUGGUAUGUACCGAAAAAAUCGAUA